AUGCUGGCAUGGCAGGACGGCGGGGCCAAGGCGGCUCCCUCCCACCACAAAAUCUCCUUCUCGGUUCUGGACAUCCUGGACCCUCAGAAAUUCACCCGCGCUGCGCUCCCAGCCGUGCGCCCUGCUCCCCGGGAAGCCAAGAAAAGUUUGGCAGAGGCCGAAGCAAGGAAGGACUCCAGCCGAGACCCGGCCCGGCAGCGAGAGACGCCUGAUGCUGCGGGCCGAGGCGCCGGCUUGGCGUCCCCCCUGGAGGGCUCUGAGGCGGAGGAGGCGGAGGACGAGGACUUGGAGGACGCAGGGCGGCGGCAGCUGCGGGAGCGGACUGCGCGCCUGCAGGAGGCCCGGACGCGCUCCCCCGAGGCCCGGGCCGCGGCAUCGGCGGCGGGAGAGAGCAGCGCGGGCGGCCUCGCGGGCUCCCCGGGCUCGCCGGGCUCCCCGCGGCCCCGGCGCCGGCGCUCAGAGCCCAGCUGCUCCAAGCCGCGGCGCGCGCGCACCGCCUUCACGUACGAGCAGCUGGUGGCCUUGGAGAACAAGUUCCGGGCCACGCGCUACCUGUCUGUGUGCGAGCGCCUGAACCUCGCGCUAUCGCUUAGCCUCACUGAGACGCAGGUCAAAAUUUGGUUCCAGAACCGCAGGACCAAGUGGAAGAAGCAGAACCCCGGCGCUGAAGGCGCGGCGCAGGCGGGAGUUGGCGCGCCCCAUCCUGGGACUUCGGCGGGGGCGGGCGGCGGCGGCGGCGGCGGCGGCAGCGGCGGCGCGGGGGCCAGCCCGGGUCAGCUGGGCCCGGCCGCGCAUCCUUUCCAGACUUUCCCCUCCUACUCGGCGGCCAACGUCCUCUUCCCGGCCGCCGCCUCCUUCCCGCUGACGGCCGCCGCCGCCAGGGGCUCCUUUGCGCCCUUCCUCGGGCCCUCCUACCUGACCCCUUUCUACGCCCCACAUCUAUGAACC